GGGGGGGAAUAGAGCUCUGAGGCGGAAGGUGGUAAGCCGGCGAAGGUUUGGUUUGAACAGAAUGAGUGCAAUGGCAGUUGGUGAAAAGAGAGUUAAAAGUAUUGAUGAUUCGUUUCAAAAUGCAAGUAAAGUACUUGUUGAUAUCGAAGGCACAACAACAUCCAUCAGUUUUGUUAAGGAUACGCUGUUCCCAUAUAUCCGAAGCAAUUUACAAUCAUACUUGAAGGCUCACUGGAAUGAUGCUGAAUUCCAACAGGAUUUACUCUUACUUAAGGAACAGGCAAAGCAAGACGAGGCUGACAAAGUGGAUGGUGCUGUUCUCAUUCCUGAGGACAAUGAAGAUAACACAAUGGAAGCUGUGGCAAAGAAUGUACUGUGGCAGAUGGACUUGGACAGGAAGACAAAGGCUUUGAAGCAGCUUCAGGGUCAUAUCAUGCGUGAGGGUUACAAGAAUGGAAACUUGAAAGGACAUGUCUAUUCUGAUGUUGUGCCUGCUCUCAAGUCAUGGGCACAUAGUGGGCGACGGAUUUAUGUCUACUCCUCUGGUAGUGUUGAGGCUCAGAAACUGCUCUUUGGGCACUCAGAAGAAGGCGAUCUUCUUGAUCUUUUUGCAGGACAUUUUGAUACUGAAGUUGGUCCCAAAGUUGAGCCUGACAGCUACGUGAAUAUAGUCAAGAAGCUGGAUUGUAGGAGUGAGGAUAUUGUAUUUCUAACCGAUGUUCCAAGAGAAGCAGAGGCUGCUCAAAAAGCUGGACUGAAAGCAGUGAUUGUGGUUCGAGAAGGCACUGAACUUCUUACAGAAGAAGACAAAGUUAGUUUUCCAGUAAUAAAGUCUUUCCAUGACUUUGUAUUUGAAGCCUCUGCCAAGAGAAAGAAGAUGUGUACUAAUGAUGAAUCACCUGCAAAUGGACCUAUAAGUGAGACAUCAGAAAGCUCAAUUACAGAAAAAAAUAAGGCUGUAAAAAAGACCGAAGAAGUCAGUCCAGAAUCUGCUGGUUCUGGGAAUACUGUAAGUUCCUCAGAUUGUGAAAUGAUGGAUGUAAGCAGUAAUGAUGCUCAAGUGACUGAUAUGGAGCCUGAUAAAACAAAAAUUGAAUCUCAGAGCACUGAUGAUAAAACGAUGGCAGUAGAAGACAGCGAUACAAAGGAGUCUGAAAAGGUUGAACUAGAACCUGAUGAUUCAGAAGUUUGUAAGACAGAAUCUUCAGCGCCUGAGUCAAAGACUGUGGGGGCACCUGAUGUAGAGAAAGAAUCACCAAAAGUAUGUUCAGAAAAUGCUGAAGAAUGUGACGGUAAAGAAGUAUCAGUAACAAGUCUUACAAAAUUGUCUGCAGAAGUCUCUAAGGUAGAUAUUGAUGUUAAAUUAAAUGACAGUAAAGCUGAUAAGAAAGAUUCAGAAGCAGGGGAAACUGAAGUGGACAUAAAGGGAAUACCAGCCAAUGAAGAAGAGACAAAAGUGGAUGCAGAAGAAACAGAAGCUGUAGGCAUGAGCACAAAGGAUAAAAAUGUUGAAGUCAGAAUCUCAGAAAAUGAUUCAAGGGAUGGGGCUGAGUUAGAAACUGUUUCAGGAGGCUCAAAAAAUAAAUCAGUAGGUACAAUAUCUAAUUGUUUGGAGAGUGAAUCUGGAGCACUAGAAACAGGUUCAGAAGAAGGAAAAAUAGAUUCUUGUGAUGAAGUUGCAGAAGUCAAUGCUGGUGAUAAAAAGAAGUUUUGUGAUUCCAGAAGUGCUUCUGGUGAUGUGAAGGGAGAUUCUUGUAAUGAAGAUGCGAACUUAGAAGAAACAGAAGCUGAUACACAAAACAAAAAGACUGAUGUAAACAAUACAGAGACUGAGGAAAAAAUGGAAACCAACACUACAGAAAUUGAAAAUGUCAAAGGUAUUAAUGAUGAGGACGUGAAAGAUACAGAAAAGAAUGAUAGAGACACCUUGGCAGCUGAAAUGGAGGAUGAAAUUACAGAAGAAAUGGAAUCUUCAGCAAAACUUGGAAAGAACGAUGUGGCAUUAAAGAAGAAAAUUGAUAUGGAAUCUGGAGGGACUGCAAAUGGAAGAGAGAAAGGAGAAAAUACAAAACCCUCUGAAGAUUUAUCAGUCAGUGAAGAAAGUGGAGUUACCAAAUCAGAAUCUGAAGUAGCCACCAAAACAGAAUCUGAUAUUCUGAAUCAGACAUCAGAGAAACAGUCUGAUAUUGACUUUUCUGCAGAUGCAUCCCCAGAAAAUACUGAUGCUAGUCCUGAAGAAUCAAAGACAGAAGGAAUUUCUGAAGAUCCCGAAUCUACAGAUAAAAUGUUACAAGAUAAGAUGGAAGAUGUCUCAGAUGCUGUAAAAAAUGAAGACUCUGAAUUACUCGCUACCUCAGAUAAUGAUACAGUGAAAGAGGAUGCAAAUGCAAAUGAGGAUACUAAACCACUGGACUCUAAGAAUGAAGGGGAUGAAGAAUCCAAAACAGCAGAGGAUACUGCCAAAGAAAAUGGAUUAGCAUUCACCACUGAGAAUGGUAAAGGAGAUGUUACUAAUAAAUGCCCUGAUACUGAACAGAAUGGGGAGGUGACAGAUAAGGAGCAGGAUGUUAAGAUUAAAAAACUUUCAAUUGAUGGUUCAGGGAAUACCAGUAUGACUAAGGAUGAUGUUGCUACCCCUGCAGUAGCUUCAGGCAGCUCUUAACUCCCAUUUGAAAAUUCAUGCUAGUCUUGUCAUCAGCUGCAAGACAUUAUGUUCCUUUUCCAUUGUUUACUGUUUCCAUUUAAGUAUUGUUUUUACAUUUUGUAUUUGUUAUUUAUGUGAUUUGUGCCAAAUUGAUAUUACAUAUACUCACAGAAAUGGUCUUUGUUUCCUUCAUGAUAAGACUGAUUCAGAAUUGUGUAUGUACCUGAUGUGGGAUGUAGCAUCUUCUGUGAUCAGUUCCCACUCGCUCUUCAUUCUCAUGGUAUCUUGGCAUUCUGAUUGCAGAGUUAAGGUUAGUUACUGAUGGGUUGUGCUUAAUUGUAUUUAAUUGUGACUAAAUUGAACAGUCUUCCAGAAAGAGUAUGUGGAGUUCUGCAAGGUGUUGUUUGAACUUACAAGAACAUUUUGUAUACAUUGAUAAACAACCAUAAUUCUAACAUGAUAAAUGGCUGGUAUACAUCAGCGUGUAAUUUAUAAUUUAGCAUGAUGUUAAAUCCAUUCCAUGAUAUGCUUCAUAACUAUAUUCCUUUUAUUUUUAUUGUUAUUAAAAGUUGCUUGUAACACUUUGGUCUGAAAGUGCAUUCAUUGUACUUGCAGUGUAAAGACUCAGGAGUACUCAUUGUAUUUUUGGUACUAGGAAUAAUACAUCUUUUUAAAGCAUGA